CUGGGACUGGGACUGGAGUACAUUCACCAUGGACGACGAGCUAUGUCGUAUCUGCAUCGGGUCUCACGCGAGCGGCAGUCCCAUGCAAAUGAUUUCAAUAUUUGGCGAGGACUCGCUCUGGCAGAAGAUAACCACACUGGCCGACGUCCAGAUCACCAAGAACGACACAUUGCCGCAGCAGGUCUGCGUGGAGUGCGCCAAGACCGCAAUCUCGGCCUGCCUGUUCAAGAAGAAGUGCGAGGAUGCGGACAACUUCUACCGCCAGCAACUGCUGCUGAAGAAGAUCGACGGCGCGGAGAGGCAGAAGACGGGGGGAGCAGACAACCGAAAAGAGGAUGCCGGAGGGGAUCGGGCCAAGAGCAGAGGCUGCAGCACUGCCAGCAGCAGUGGCACCGCCAGCGGCAGUGGCAGUGGCAGUGCCACCGGGAGCGGAAGCAGCUCCUCCAGCAGCAGCUCCGACGAUGACGAAGAGGAGGACAAUGACAACGCAAAUGGCAAUGACGAUGACAAUGACAAUGACAAUGACAAUGAUAAUAAUAACAGGAGCGUAGCUGGGGAGGCGGAGACGGGUCUACAGAAUGGUCAUGGGCAUGGCAUUAAUGGGCACCUGGUCGGAGAUCCUAAUGACGAGGAUGAGGAGCAGGAGCAGGAGGAACAGCAGUUUGACCUGGAUGAUGGGCAGAGGCCUCUGCUCGAUGACGAGCAGCAGGAUCAGUCAGGCAUUGAACUCAGCAAUGGGGUUGGGGUGCUGCUGGGGGAUGGGGAAGAGGACUUGGAGGUGAUGAACCAUGAAGAGUCCCCCGACCACCACGACGAUGGCGAGAUACCCGUCCACGACGGUCACCCCAAGGAGCCGUUCGACUUCAACUCCAUACGCCUGAUGCAGGAGUACAUGCAGCACCAGAUGAACAAGUUUCCCAACGGUGGCGCGGGCUUGCCAGGCCACGACCUAGAUCUCGACCACCAGCACGAAGUGGAUGAGGACGACGAUGACGAGGAGAUGACACUGCCACUGAUUCCCGAAAUCGAGCUGAUUACGCCCGGCGAUGAUUCUAUGAUCGGCCCAGACGCCGCCGACCACUCGGAGGCCAUUGGGGCAGCCAAUGAGGCUGGACAGGUAAUGCGCGGGCAAGGAUUCCAGUGUCCGCACUGCUACCAGACCUUCGACAUGAAACAGAUCCUUAAGGCGCACAUGCAGAGCGUACACGGCGCUCCGGGGCCCGUCUACGAGUGCAGCAAUUGCCGCAAGACCUACUUCUACAAGCGGUUCCUGGAGAAGCACAUCCGACGCGGUCGCUGCGUCAAGAAGCGGCGCAACCAAACUCGGCCCAUGCAAUGUUCGGACUGCCAUGUCCUCUUCCCCACGGGCCACCAUCUGGGCUGGCACAAGCGCACCGGCUGUCCCUCCAAGGCGGCCAAGAUGCCCCUGCAGCAGCUCUUUAAGCAGAACAUUGUGCAGUUUAACAACUUCCCCAAGCGGGUCCCAGCCACUGGAGGAGGAGGUGGAGGGGGAGGAGGAGCCGGGGCAGGAGCAGGAGCAGGAGCAGGGGCAGGGCCAGCACGUAAGCCCACGGCUCCGGAUCUUCACGUGAACAACCGCAAGCUGGGCUUGGUUAAUAAGCGGAAGGGGCGGACCCGCAUCAAGCUAGACGCCAAGAAGAUCGCCCUGGCCAAGCAGCUGAUCCUGCGCGAGGCCACCACCACGGUGAUCGCCAACGAGCUGAACAUCUCGCGCACUUUUGCCUGGCGUCUGCGCAAGAGCCUCGUCAACGGAGUCAGUCUGCACGAGCGUGUGGUGGACCAGGCCGCUGAGGAGCAGCUCCAUCAGCACCAGCAGCAUGUCCAGGCGCUCCAGCAGCAGGAAGAAGCUGCAGUCGCUGCAGCAGCUGCAAUCGCGGCAGCAGCUGAGCGGGAACGGGAGCAUCAGCAUCUGAGUCUGCCCUAUGGCCACCUUGGCCUGGGCCUGAUCAAGGAGGAGCGGCAGGAUAGCGAGGACGAGGAGCAGCAGCAGCUCCACCCUCAGCAUCAGCAUCAGCACCAGCACCAGCUCCACAGCUCGCUGGUCUUAGGCGACGAGUGUGGGGCGGAUGAGAUUGGUGCAGAGGAGACGGCCGGCUACAUGGGCGACGAGGAUGCCGUGUGCAGCCUGCUCCACAAUGGCUACGAUAUGCGCGCCCAGCUGGAAGACCCCGAUCCAGACUCUGAUCCCGUCGAGCACGACUCCUACGAGGGCAACGAGAACGAGCGUCAUUCCAAUGCUGGCGGGGCCAACUCUGUCUUGCUCCCGCCUCCGCCGUUGGCCCUGGCUCCAGUCCAGGUGCCAGUGCAUGUGCCCUCGCGACCCACUGUCGAGGUCUACAAGCGUCUGCUGGCCGAGUCGCCACAUUUUCCACACAUCGUCAACGCCCAGCAGUUGCAGCUACACCAGCAGCAACAGCAUCGGGAGCAGCUACAGCAUCAGCAGAAGCCAGCCCACAAUGGAGCAAUGCCGUUGCUCACCCGCUAUCCGCCCGCCGUCAUCCAUGCCCUCCCCGUGAACCUGUCCCUACGCUCCAUGGCCCACAUGAACAGCAACGAGAGCAAUGGCAGCAACAGCAGCAACACCCCCGUCGCCGUCCUCGCGCCCCAUGCAGGCGCGACUGCAACGCCAGCGUCAGCCUCAACUUCAACUUCAACAGCGACAGGGUCGGGAUCUGGUUCUGGUUCUGGCUCUGCAAAGAAGCCGCGCAAGCCGAACGUCUUCAUCGAUGACGAGAAGUACGCCAUGGCCAAACUGCUGGUAGCCCAGAAUUCCUCGACCAUGGAGAUAGCCCGAGCGCUCAACGUAUCGCAGAUGACGGCCUGGAAGGUGCGCGAUGCUAUACUAAAAGGCGUGCCCCUCUCCUAUCGUAACAAGCGCACCGACGGACGCCUUUCAGCGCUCGGCGACGAGUCGCGCGUAGCGGAGCUGCCCUCUGCCAAGGAGCAUCAGGCCCAGCAGUUGGCCCAGGAGCAGGAACUACAACAGGCACACCAGCGUCAGCAGGCACUGCAGCAGGCCCAGCAAGAGCGGCAGGAGCGCCAGAAGGGGCUGCAGCAGGAAAUGCAGCGGCAACAACAGCAGCAGCAGCUUGAGCAGAUGGAGCGCAUUAAGCAGCAGCGCCAACGGCAGGAGUUGAUCCGCCAGCAACAGCAGCAGCAGCAGCAACAACAACAACAGCAGUUGCGUCAUCAGACGACAGCGGACACAUCACACUUUCAACAGCAGCAGCAGCGACAGCUUCCACCACCGAAGCUGCCGCUUCCGCGUCGCCGCCUAAAGGCCGCCGAACGGGAGCUACGGGACAAGAAUAUCACCCGGGAGAUACUCGAACUGAUCGAGGAGGAUAGCAACAUCCAGUACUGGAAAGUGUCGGCUCGCCUGGCCGAAAAGGGCAUCAACAUUUCGCCGUCGUCCGUCUGCCAGAAGCUCAAGUCGAUGGGUAUUCAUCGUCGCUGGAAGCCAGGCGACAAGCCCUCCAUGCUGGCCAUCAGCCAGAUAAAAGCGGCCACAGUGGCAGCGGCGCUGGCAGUCGGAGGAGUAGGAAUGGGCGUGGGUGCCAGCAGUGGAGGGAGUGGCGGCCAUAACUUUGGCGGAGUCGAUGAUGGAUACGAGCAGCAGCAAUUCGAUAUGGGCGGACCACACUUUCUCAGUGCCUUCACGCGAUGAAUGAAUAGAGAACAGGCGCAGGCCAUCACCUGGCACCUCCUGGCAUUCUCUGUGCACCGCCCCCGCACCGCCUGGCACAACUGCACCGCGCCCCAUAAUUUUAGGUAUUAUAAAUCUUGGAUAGAUCGGCACAAUUUGUAUUUUUUAUAAAGUAUUUGGGGGAGGAGGGCAGGAAUGCUCUCUGCAACAUGAAAUUGUAUUCAAUAUGAGAUAUACAUAGUUAUACAUAUGCAUAUGUAUAUAUGUGCAUAUGUAUAUGCAUAGGUAUAGGUAGAACUAGAUAUAUAUACAUAUGUAUAUACAAAAUAUAUGCUAAGCAUUCCUAGAAUGUCGCACACCCACUGAUUCACACACAGCCACACUUGUGCACAUGGCGUGUUCAUUCCAGGGAAACCAUUUCCGCGCUUCAUGUGUUUUUCCAGGCAGCUUCCUCUUCUACAGAGAGACACACAUUUAGUUGUUAGUUUUGAUCAUAUAUUAUUUAUAUUCAUUGAUUGCAUGUCCCCCCCGUUUGUGGGAAAUGGAUUCGAAGAUUCGCAUUGCUAAUUUUGUCCAUUCAUCAGUGGACUUCGCCUCCGCACGCAUGCAGUUUAUUCAGUACUGAACUUAAAUUUAGUUAAAUUAAUGUAUCAAGCAACUAAACGCAAGUAAACAACAGAAAGCAGAACAGACAGCAGCACAACAGGAAACAGAACAAAGCAAAUGAAGCAGAACAAACAGCAGCAAGAGACAAGAGCAGGAGAGUUAAUAUACAUAUAAAGCGGAGCAUGAGAAAGCUAGCAAUAUAAGUGCAAUUAAAACAAACAAAAACUAACUAAAGAUAGGAACACAGAUAAAUGUAUCUUAAAGAUAAUAGCCAGGGUGACAAGAGGGAAAAAAGGGGGAGGAAGGAAAAGAGGAGAAUCCAUACAAAUUCAUUAAUUUUGGCUAACCUGAAAUAAAUCCUUGAGCUCUACUUUUUAAAUUUAUCAAACCGUAUCUAAAACUCGUUCGAAAAAAUAGUUUGAAAAUCGAUCUACUCAUAAUUUAUCGAUGAUUAAUGUGAAUUGCAACCCCCAUGCGAUGGCCAUCACUGACUAAAGUCCGCUGCUUGCUG